UUGUUUGGGGGCGGAGGAAGGGCGCCGCGCCGCGCCGGCUGAGGCUCCAGGGAGACUGGCCCUGGGAGUGAGCCCCACGUGGCCACUGAAGCGCGCGCCGCCUCCGGACAGCCCCCCGCCCGGGGAAGGCGCCUGGACCCGGCGCCCAGUGCCUGCCCGGCGUGCGGCAGGAGGGAGUCGGGGUCCCAUUGCAAAAUCCACCUUUGCUCAAAAGCCUUCCUACAAUACCAGCGCCUGUGGGGAGGGCAGAAGAAGAAAAGAAAAACAUGCCAAAUCUAAGCAGCUAAACCAGAAAUGGAAAGUAUAAGGAUUUAUGUAGUACACAUUACUGUUUUGACUGUUGCACUGGGUUCAAUGAGUUAGUGUAGCCUUUUUGUGAUGGAGAAGGAGGCAAGCCAGUUGGAGAAGGACCACGUCCAUAGAGUGUAUGAGAAAAUUGCUCCUCACUUCCAUGAUGCACGCUACAAGGCUUGGCCAAAGGUACAACAGUUCCUUUCAGAUCAGGAACCAGGCAGCCUGAUUGCUGAUAUUGGCUGUGGAAAUGGCAAAUACCUUCAUAUCAAUUCUCAAACCUAUAAGCUGGGCUGUGAUUACUGCUUCCCUUUGGUGGAGUCAGCACGAAAUGAUGGCCAUGAAGUAAUGGUGUGUCAUAGUCUGUGCCUGCCAUAUCGGAAUGAGUGUUUUGAUGCUGUCUUAUCCAUUGCUGCAGUUUUUGUAACACUGGGUGCAACUUUGUACAGCUCUGUGCAAGCUCUGAAGGUGCAAGCAGAGGCAGUGAUCCACCAUUUUUCAACAAAGGAGCGGCGUGUGCGAGCAAUAAAGGAGAUGGCUCGCACCUUGAGAGUAGGUGGCCAGAUGAUGAUAUACGUGUGGGCAAUGGAGCAAAAACGGCGAAAAUUUGAAAAGCAGGAUGUCUUUGUUCCUUGGAAUCCUUCACCACCUUCCUGGACCUUGAGUAACACUUGUUCGCGUGGAAUACAGAAAUCAAUUAAUCAAAAGGACAAAAGGCUGGCUUUGGACCAACACUCCGCUAAGUUAGCUGGCACUUUGAAAGCAAGAAGCUCAUCUUUUGUGAGGGAGAAGGAAACCAUGCAAAACUUAUUUGAAAAAUCCUUGAGAUGGUCUCUCUUUUCAGGAUCACUUGAUUCAGUAUUAGACUUGAGUAAUCAGUGGCACCAAAGAGAGCUUAGCACAUUUUCCAAUUGCAAUAUUCAGCUGGAUGAAUCAAACAGGGGAAAGCUUUUUGAACAAAUCAGGCAAGGUGGCUUCAUGAAGCAUAUUUCCAACUUGUCUUUGCGUUGUAGGCAGAAUUCCGAAGAUAAGGCUUCUGAAGUAGCUGUAGAACCAGGGUCACCUAUGAUAUUUCACCCAGUGCCUUUCAAAAGUUGUUGUUCAGAAUUAGGCCAGGACACUAAGCAGCCCCCAAUGUCUCCAGCUAUAAUUCAUGACUGCAGCAGAGUGUGUUUACCUGACCUGCUUUCCCAUCAAAAAGAUAUCAAACAGCAACUUAAAAUAGAUUAUCACCCAAAACAAUCAAGUUUCCACAAACUCCAAAACAGAAGCAAAACAGACAGCUCUCUACAGGAUACAGACAAUGAUUGUUCCAUGGCCACACGGAACAAACAGCUGCAAAGGAGUCCAAAUGGGGCUUGUCUUAGGUACUACCAUGUUUUUAAAGAAGGGGAGUUGGUUGAACUGAUUGAACAUCAUGUUCCUGAGCUACAUGUUAUUCAUUCAUACUUUGACCAUGCAAAUUGGUGUGUGAUUGCAGAAAAGAUUCAUGUGUGGAAGAUCUAGGGGAAGAUUUUCAAAGGCACAGAUGCCUGACUACAUUUGAAAGUCAAUGGGAGUUCGGUGCUUGGUGUCUUUGAAAUCGUCCCCCAAGCUUUUUAUCCCCAUCUUGUGCUUUGACUCUCUCUGUGACUUUUGUUUUGUACUUGACUGUCACUUUAUCAUUUUAUAGAAACAUUUCCUUCUAUAAUGGUAAUUUCAGCUUGGAUACAUUUUAAGAUACAUUGGAUAUGAUUACAGGUUGGAUACAUUUUUCCAGGGCUUUUUAAUAGUAGCUGUCAGUUUUGCUUUUUGUUGUUUUAGAAUAGUUAAAAUGCAUUUAUAAGUUUUCCCUGUUGGGAUGUUUUUAUAUGAAUAUUAAAGAUGUUUGUUAUUCAUUUAUAAUAAUUUAUUAUCUUUAAUGUCUUUUUAUAAUUAAAAUGUAUUAUGUGUUGGGGCUUGGAGUAAUAUAAGGCUGAUGGUACUUUGAGAAGGAUUCAUUAUUUUAUUACAGUCUGCCUAUCAUUCUAUAUGAUACCUCAAGUCACAGUAGAGAGACAGUCCUCCUAAAAGAAGUACCAGGUAUAUAUAACCCAAGUACCAGAGACAGUAGCUGGGGACACCCAGUCGGAUAAGUUUAGACAGCUCAUCUGUUGCCCCCUAACUGUCACAGGUAAGAAUACAAUGGACCUACUCAAGUAUAUAUCACAACAUAACCUCCCACCACCACCACCCAAUAAAUCUUAAAUCUGUGUAUUUCUCUGAGUUUGACAUGUAUGUUCAAAACAAAAAUCUUCUUCUUCUCUGUCACAAAAUCUGGGAGAAGAAUCAAGGGAAUUCUUAAUAAGCCAUUUAAAUUGCUAAAAUGAAUGAUGAUGAUGAUGAUACAGAAAAAUGCUUGGAUGACAACAGGUGAAUGCAAGGAAAUAGUAUUUAUCAACACUAGCAUGCAAUCGUUAUGCUUUUAAGACUUUUUUCAUCUAUAGACAAAGUUUUCUACAAGGGAGGUAAGUUUCAUUAUUCCCGUUUUACAGAUAGGGAAACUUGCUCAAAGCCACAUAGCAGGUCAGUGGCAAAAAUCAUCAGUUAUUGCUGUCCCUAAUGGUCACUGCUUUAGGUGGUUUGUGUUCUUCCUCCAAAGGUUUUCACUAGUUUCUUUUCUUUAGGUUCUGGAAUCACGAAACUAAAAAGUAAUCCUGUUUUCUCACUGGGGAAAGACACUGUCAUGUCCAGUGCCUUAGGAAAUUCUUAAUGUGUCUUACUAAGAAUUUAGCCUUAUGUAUGUUGUAUCUUAAAGAGUAGUAAGGAACAGUACAGUAAUCAAUGUUUUUAAUGUAACUUUAAUUCAAUUUGGCUGUAAUAUCUCUAAUGAAAUUUUCUCUACUUCCUGAAAUACAAUUUAUGUAAUCUGCAGAGUACUGUGCUACAUAUUAUAUUUGC